AUGGGUGGUUUGGCGGUACUAUGGAACCCUGAUAAAGUCUUAGUUCGUUCAAUCUCCAAGCAAGAAAAUUGGAUGCUUUGUAAUGUAAGUUUUUUGCAGGACGAUUUGGAGUUUUCUUUGUUCAAUGUUUAUGGCCCGAGCAAGACAGAAGAUAAGAAGAGGGUUUGGAAAGAAAUUUCAGAACAAAUUAAAUUGGUGGAUUCGGAGAAAGUGAUAGUGGCGGGAGAUUUCAAUGCUAUUCUCAAUAAUGAAGAAAAAUCUGGAGGAUUAAGAAUGAAUACCCGUGUGAUGGAAGAUUUCCGAGAUUUUGUGACUGAAAAUAACCUUUUCGAUGUCAUCCCUAAAUCAGGUAACUUUACAUGGACUAAUAGGAGGGCAAAUUUCAGCAGAAUUUCGGAGAGGUUGGACAGAAUAUUUACAGGAACAUAUUGGAUCAAAGGACAGUUUGAAUUGGAGUUGUCAAUUAUGCCCAUAACACUCUCGGAUCAUUUCCCGGUUCAGAUGAAUUGUAGCACUUCAAUGGCAAAGGUGAAAAGGAAUUUUAAAUUUUUGAGCAUGUGGUGGAGAGAUAUUAACUUUGAAAAAACCAUUGAGAAGUGGUGGGUUGAAUGUGCAGAUUAUAGAGCAAAGAGGAACAAAAACAAAAUUAGUCAUUUGCUGGAUGAUUCGGGUAGAAUGGUUGGCAAAGUAAAGGAAUUGGAAUGCAUAGCAGUAAAAUAUUUUGAGAAAAUUUUGGGAUCUGCGACAAUGGAGUGUGAGGAAUUUGCUGGCUAUUUGUUGGAGAUUAUCGACAAGAAGAUUACUGAGGAGGAUAAUGCCAUGCUUAUGGCUCCAAUUACAAAGGAUGAAGUCAAAAAGGCUACAUUUGCAUUACAUCCACAUAAGGCUCCUGGACCAGAUGGGGUAAUGGUCAAUAGGUUGAAGCUUGUUUUGGAAAAGCUUAUAUCUCCAGAGCAACAUGGUUUCACCCCCGACAGAGAAAUUGCAGAUAGUAUAAUCACAGUUGUUGAAACUAUGCAUUCGAUGAAAAGGAGCAAAAUGCAAGGGAUGAUGGUCAAAUUAGAUGUCAGCAAGGCAUAUGAUCGGGUGAAUCGGUACUUCCUCUUCUCUGUUCUUGAAAGAUUUGGUUUUGAUCAUAGGUGGAUAAAUUGUAUAAAGCAUUGUGUUACUUCUUUUUCAUAUUCUAUUAUUGUAAAUGGAUCUAUAUAUGGUUUUCUCCAAGCCACGAAUGGUCUCAGACAAGGUGACCCCUUGUCUCCUUUUUUGUUUGUAUUAAUGACCGAAAUUCUGAGAAGAAACAUUAAAAAACUUGUAGAAACGGUACUGUGGAAAGGUGUUCUAAUUCACGGUAACAUUGAUCCAAUUUCCCAUUCUCAAUUCGCCGAUGAUACAGUUCUUUUUGGGGGAGGCCUCGGAGAAGGAAGCAAUGGCAAUGUAGUUGUUAUUGAGUGA